AUGGCGGACGACGGCGGCCUGUUGGCAAAGAUUGUGGAAAACGGGAGCGAGAUUUUGGAGGCCGAGGUGCAGGGAGACUGCGGCACGGAGCCGAACACCUUGCUGCAGAAGCUGAAGAGCGCCAUCUCAAAGUCUAUCCAGAGCAAAGUGGACUCCAUCUUGCAAGAUGUCCAGAAGUUUUCAGACUACGCCAAACUUUAUCUGUAUCUUCAGCUGCCUUCUGGGCCAAGUUCAGGAGAAAAAAGCUUGGACCUCAUUUCCCUCAAUUCAGCAGAACAGAUGCACGCCUGUACCUGGAUACGGAACCACCUGGAGGAGUAUCUCGACACCUGCCUGCCGAAGCAAGACGUGUACGAUGCUUACAAGCGCUACUGCGACAACCUUUGCAGCCGCUCGCUGAGCGCAGCCAAUUUUGGCAAGAUCAUCCGGGAGAUCUUCCCGAACAUCAAAGCGAGAAGAUUGGGGGGACGUGGGCAAUCCAAAUAUUGCUAUAGUGGGAUCCGUCGCAAAACAGUGGUCAACAUGUCUCCGCUGCCCAGCCUGGACCUUAAAGAAACAGAGACCCUGGAGCGGACGGAGACCGCCCACUCCUACAACGACGAGGUGGUGGAAGCAGCCUGCGCCCUGACCUGCAACUGGGCCGAGAAGAUCCUCAAGCGCUCCUUUGACAGCAUCGUGGAGGUGGCCCAGUUCCUCCUCCAGCAGCACCUGAUCAGCUCCCGCUCGGCCCACGCCGACCUGGUCAUGGCCACGGUAGUCACAGAGCACCCCGAGAGCUCGUGGGGCAAGCGUCCUCCCCCAAAGAAAAGCGAGCCGGAAGCCGCGGAAAAUGCAGCCAAAACACAACCUCAGGCUAAACCAGACAACGCGCCCAAGCCCUCGGCCCCCUCCCCACGGAGCGAAGCCAAGAAGCCGGCGGACGUGCCCUCCAAGAAGGCCAGCAGCCCGCAGGUCAACGCCUUGGUGGCCCGUCUCCCUUUGCUGCUUCCCCGUGUGCAAGUCCAGCCCGGGGACCGUUUGGUGGUAUCUCCUGGGACGGCGGCUGUCCACUCUCCCCACCCCGUCCUGGCUCCUAAGCUUACCCCCACCCCGGUGGGGGGAACGGUCAAAAUGGCGCUGUCCGUGGGGACACCCCCCUCCACUCUGCUAGCCUCGGCCGUGAACGGACCCACCAGCCUGGUCAGCCAGCCGGCCGCCGUGCCAGUCAUCAACAUGGUGCCGGUCAUCAAUGUGGCGGUCCCACCCGCAGCCGAGAACCGGCCAAAGCCCAAAAGCACCUCUGGAGGAGCCAGUGCAGUGUCCAGCACUGAAGCCGGGCGGAGCCCUUGUGAUCCGCAGAAAGUCAAGAGCCCGACCAAGCGGCCGGCAGACCGACCCAGGGAGGUGGCCGUGAAGAGGAAGCGUGGCCGGCCGCGGAAGAAGCCGGACGAGCCUCCUGUGCUGGGGAACAGCAUCCUCCGGAAAGAGCUCUGUAAAGGCAAGGAGGAGUCAGAGCCCGUCGCGGUGCCUGCAGGCGGGAAAGAGCCCCCCGUGGCUUCGAAUUCUCCCCCCCAGAGCUUGAGAAAAGAGAGUUCCCAGGCAGAGGGACCCCUGGGAUUGGCGCCCAAGAAGCCGGCCCCUGAGCAGCUGAGGGAGGAAGCCCCGGCCGGGGCCAGGAACCUCAUUGUGGCUCCCCCCAGGAAGAUUCCGCCCUACCACCUCAGCGUCAUCCGAACCAGGAUGUCGAGUCCCCUGAUCCUGCCGCCGCCGCCCUUCGGACGGGCUUUACCGGACUCCCCGCCAGACAGGCACGACUCCUCCGAAGACGAUCUGCAGCCCACGGAUCUUUCCCUUAAGUCUCGUCUGCCGCUAUCCAAGGACUGUCCGACAGGCUCGGGCUCCUGGGCGCCCACAGGAUGUUUGCAAUGGAUCGGCCGCGAAAAGUCGGCAGAGGCGGCCAGCAGCUCAGGGGCGACAAGGCAAGGCCCCAGCUGA